CGCACACGUAUGCAAGUGCAAAAAGCAGUAGAAGAGGCAAAAGAGGAGCGGCCGAGUACCUAGGUAGGUAGGAAGACAUGCCAUAGGUACCUAGUUUCCUGUGAUUAGAAGGGGAAAAAGUCUGCAGGUGACACACAGGGUAGUUAGGUUGUGCUUUUCACAGAUACUCGAUAGAAGGCUAUCUUAUUCUAGGUUAGCAGGCGCAAGAGGGAGUAACCUACCUACCUGAAGGGCCGGAACGACAACUUAAAGCCAUAGAAAGUUCUUCCUCUCGCUUCAUUUGAAUAGAACAAACCCAUCUUCCUCGCUUUAUCUGUAGGGCAGCGCUCCUCAAGCUCCACUGCAUUGAUAGGUAUCCCUUCGACUUUCAACACUACCUAUCCCUUGAGGGCAACUAGUCGUGAUAGAUCCGACUACUCCGUGCAGUCUAUUUUUUUUCUUCUUGACCCUUUGCAAAAGCCAAGGGACUGAAAUCGAAGGCCCGAGCAGCGACAACUCUUUCGCAAUGAGCAGUCCACCGUCGUCCCCUCUGAUGGACGCGGUCACCAUCAGCGAGGACAUUGCUCCAUUGCCGUCCUUCAAGGCCAGUGGUGUUGCGACUAUCGAUUUCGAUGGCGUUCUCUCCAGUCCUCUCAAGGUGCACGAAGAUGUGCGAUCUGGUUGUGGUGGGCAAACGUGGCCCGCGGGAAUGCUUCUCGGCAAGCAUAUGUUGCGUUACCACAAAGACCGUCUUGCUGACGCUCGAAUAUUGGAACUUGGAGCUGGCGGCGGUCUCAUCGGUCUUGCCGUCGCCUUAGAAUGUCAGCUUCAGAAUCAGUUGUUAGUGACGGACCAGCUGGAGAUGUAUGAGCUGAUGAAGCACAACAUCGAGCUGAACAACCUACAAGACAAAGCCAAGGCGAUGGUGCUCAACUGGGGCGAAGACUUGCCAGCUGCCGUGCUGGAGCAAAAGCCAGACGUGAUAUUGGCUGGUGAAUGUGUCUAUUUCGAACCUGCUUUCCCUCUGCUGAUGUCUACGCUUAAGGCUCUAUUAGAGCUUAACCCCGCAGCUGUCGUGUACUUUUGUUUCAAGAAGAGGAGACGCGCGGACAUGACCUUUGUCAAAAUGGCUAAGAAAGCGUUCAAGGUCGAAGAAAUAUUCGACGAGGAUAGACCCAUUUUCCAGCGCCAAGGCCUUUUCCUCUUUUCUUUCACCAGCCGCCCAACCACAGGCCAAACCAAAUCUACUAAGAAAGAAAGUCAAUCUCAACUGUCGAGAUGAUGAAAAAGGUCAAUGAACGCUUUGUCUACACAGCAUCUUUGUUGGCAUGCGCCUGAAAACUGUCCAUGCAUUGUUGAGUCCUGGCGCAGAGACCCGACUGGAUCUUUUUAUGAGGAAACACAGUGACGCUGACAGGACUGCAUAGUAAGUCUGACCAACAGGACUUCAAUGUAACAUCGCCAAGGGUUCUUGAGUCGACUCAAUGAUAGUCCGCCUCCAGUAUUGCUCCGAGUAUGUGUCGUUAUGAUGGAGGUAUAAUGGGCCUCGAAAUGUUGACUUUUCCCACCGAUUCGAGGGUUCGGAAUUCGUGGAAGAGAGAAUAGACAUGCAGAGCACCCACACCUGCGUUACUGACUAUCCUCCGAGCGACAUGUGCCUGAGACUUGUCUGCCGUUUUUGUUACAAUAAUAGGCACUGUACAAGCUGGACCAAUGAAGUCUGCGCUUAUAGCAAAGAAAACCAAGUCAUUGUGGCCUGCAUCUUUCUCAAGAAAUUCCCAAGCACACCGUAAGAUUUUCAUCACAUCGCAUCACAGUGAAAGCGCAUAUAUGUUCACACAGACAACGAAGCAAAUGGAAUAAUGACUGGAAG